UAGCUAGCGUGACUACUGAAUUGUGUUUCAGCUUCAUCAUUUCGGUAAUAAAAACAUCGUUCUACGGUAUACGACCAAGAAGUGCGAAAUAUUUUUUUGUGCCGUGAAAAAGACGCAUUUAAGUUUACUGUCCCUUCUGAAUAAAGUUCUUAUUUUUCUUUAGCGGUUUAGUGGUGACGAAAGUGUAUAAUUUAGGGACAUAAUCGCUCAAUGGACCAAUCGGAAAUUAGGCCCUCACAUUGAUUUUGGAAUAAACAAUGUGUGAGGAGUCAACAUGUUUGGUGCCCCCCUUGGAUACCCCCCAAAAUCGCUCGACAAACAACCGACGUAUGUUGCUUCAGUUGCCCUCGUUCUGCAUGCCAACGUCGUUCUCGCCUAUCGUAGACGUUGGAGCUGAAUCUCAGAACAGGGGGGCUCUGGUGUCGUUCCACGAAGAUGCCUUAUCUCAAACGACUGUUGGAAAAGCACAAUUCAUUCUGGCUUGUGUCUUGGGACUCGGGCUAGCAGCUGAUUGCUCUGAGCUGACGAUUUUGGGAUUUAUUUUACCUGCUGCUGAGUUGCAACUUUGUAUCGGAGAAGAGAAGAAGAAAUGGCUAGGAUCAAUUACCCUUCUUGCUAUGGCAGGAGGAUCCUUGGCUUGGGGAAUCCUAGGAGAUCAUCUAGGAAGAAGAAGAGCUCUAAUUAGUGCUUUAUCAGUAACAGCAUUGUUUUCUACGGUCGCCUCAGUGAUGCCAACGUAUGGAACAUUCAUGACGGCAAGAUUUUGUUCAGGACUAGGCGUUUCUGGUGCAUUCCCUCUAAGCUUCAGUUAUCUAAUGGAAAUGUGCCACAGUAAAAUUCGCCUUAGAUAUGUGGGAUUGUUACACGCAUUCUGGCCGUUGGGAGCUGCUUUCAUUGUAUCCAUUUCUUAUAUAACAAUGCCUACUCAAGGAGCAGAUAUUGUUCAAGACAAUCGAGAACACUGGAGUGCUUGGCACAAAUUACUGAUUUUGAGCACUCUACCGACCGUAUGCUGCAUCUUGGGCCUCAUCUGGGCUCCUGAAUCACCUCGAUACCUCCUCGAAGCCUCCAGGGAAGUGGAGGCCUUGGCUGUCUAUCAGAGGCUCCAUGGACUGAACAGCAGCAAGAAGAAGUAUGGCCUGACGGAGCUGGAACUACCAGCUAGAAGCGCGUAUAGAGACAGACAAGUCAGCCCUACGAAGAGUAUUAUAAACAAUGGAGUGGCAUCGUUUCGAGAGGCAUUCCAGUUCGUAUCCUGCCCGACCCAUUUUCGCAGGACCCUCCUCCUUGCCUCCCUGAAUUUCCUCAUCGGUUUCAUGUACACAGGUUCCUCGGAAUUCAUCCCGUUCUCCAUCAAGGUCUUGAGAGAACAGGAGUAUUUCUCUCAGAAACAGUACAUAAACGACAGAACAUUCGCAGACACAAUAUUCAACGGGACCAUGGAAAAUAUGCGUUAUUCCAAUACGUUAUUCAGGAAUGUUUCCUUCAGACACAUGAGUCUGAACCAUGUGGAGUUUAUAAAUUGUACGGUGGAGGAGUCUGAAUUCAUCAAUAUCAAGACGUCCGUGUCGUAUUUCAAGGACUCUGUUGUCAAGGAUUCCAGAUUCAUCGAUACCGACCUCACAGCACACCUCUUCAUGAACUGCUCCCUCGUCAACAGUACCUUCUUGUCAGUUAUUUCCGAUUGUACCCUCAGCUUCGAUUACAACAUCUACCUAGAGGACCUCCACGUCGAGACCCUAAAAUGGUCCUUGUUGAUGGCUAUCUUCCUAGUCUUUCAGGGGUUCAUCAGUAGCAGGAGGUUUGUGAUCAUGACUGUCAUGCUCCUGAUAGGAGUGAGCUCGUUGAUGCUAUUGCUGUACCAUCAAGAUAUCGAAGGACUGGAAAGCGGCCUUGAGGUGACCAAGGUGUUUUUGAUGUGCAUCCUGAGCGCGGUAACUGUGGUCGUGGUCGAGGGGUAUCCCUGUCAUUUGAGAUGUACAGCUGUUGGUACGAUGCGCAGCUUAUUCCACAUUGGAUCCCUGUGUGCUAUACCAAUAUACGGCAUGCUGGUCCGGGAAAUGCUUCUCUUUCCAGUAGUUUUAACGACCGCUCUUUCUCUCUACUGUACUUUGUUGUUAAGAAAUGUCAUUCAAGAUGACGUCACGGUUCUGUUGUAAUAGCUUAUGUGCUACACUGAAAACUCCAAGGACGUGAAGGACAAACAAAAUAUAUAAGGUUGUUUCAAAAGUUUAGUCCGUUUCAAUAUGAUCGAUAGAGAAUGUUAUACUAUAUACGCUGUUCCCAAAUUUUAAUUCUUUGCCUCCUUAUUACUAUAUGAUGCCUCCACAACCCGUAAGAGUUUGUUGUGGCUCACACCUAUUGACAAUGGACCAAAUAAACCCAGUUUCUUAACGAAGCCGAUUAGUUUGUAUGGUGAGUGGUCUUUCAGGUCAAAUGCUAAGAGUACGGCCCUGCCGGACUCUCAAACGCAUCGCCCAUGAACGAAUAACAAAAAAACCAUCAACCCGAAAUAAUAAAUGCCAUACGUUGCAAGU